AUGAUCAAGCGUCCCUUCGUCACCCUAUUCCUCGUCCUCACAGCGGCCCUCGCCCUCCCUCAAAUUCCCACACCCGACGUUAACGCUGACGUUCAGAAAGUCGACGACGAUCCAACGCUAACGCUGGCGGCUGAAACUUCAGAGUGCCCCGAGAUCGUCCCUGGACCCGGUCUCCCGAGUUUGGCUUCCCUCAACCUGACUUCCGCUGAUUUGUGCAAGUCGCCUGAGGAGUUUAGGGCCACGUUCCUCGGAGAAUCCGAGCUCGCCGACGCCGAACCAAAGAAGCUGGUCAAACGCUACACCCCGUGGUGCAACUCAGGGAGCCCUCGGCUGGACGUUGCCAAAGCCCAGGGGUGCUACAAUUACCUCUACGCGCUCGGGUCGACGACGUGCCAUGUCCCCACUACCGGCUCGCGCUUCUGCCACUCUGCGUCGGGCAGUAAAGACGUGGCAUGGUAUGGGACGAGUGGGAAUGGGUGGAGUACGCAGUCUACUUGGUAA